AUGUUGCAUAUAUUUUUCUUUAUAGCCUAUGCUGUUCAGACACCUGAGAGUGUGCCUCCAGCUGCAGCCUCGGAGGUGUAUACGAAAGCUUUGGCUGUUUGCCACGGACCUCUGGACCACUAUGAGUUUCUGAUCAAAGCUCAUGAGCUAAAGGACGAUGAACAUCAGAGAAGAGUCAUACAGUGUUUGCAGAAAUUACACGAGGACCUUAAAGGAUACAGUAUAGAGGCAGAAGGCCUUUUUUCAAAGCUUUUUUCAAGGAGCAAACCUCCAAGAGGCCUGUAUGUUUACGGAGAUGUUGGUACAGGGAAAACAAUGGUGAUGGACAUGUUUUAUGCUUAUGUGGAAAUGAACAGGAAAAAAAGGGUCCAUUUUCAUGGUUUCAUGCUAGAUGUUCACAAAAGAAUACACCGCCUUAAACAGAGUUUGCCAAAAAGGAAACCAGGAUUCAUGGCGAAAUCAUACGAUCCAAUAGCUCCCAUAGCUGAGGAAAUCAGUGAAGAAGCAUGUCUCUUAUGUUUCGAUGAAUUUCAGUACUCUUUCAUUCACAGAAGAAAAAAAAAGAAGCCAGUUGAAUUAGCUGAACUAGGGGAGGAAUUUAAUGAUCUCUAUAAAAAUGGACUCCAAAGAGCUAACUUUGUACCAUUCAUAGCUGUCCUGAAGAAGUACUGUAAUACGGUCCAGCUAGACUCUGGGAUAGAUUACCGGAAAAGGGAACUUCCUGCUGCAGGAAAACUCUACUACCUCACAAGUGAAGCUGAUGUGGAGGCUGUCAUGGAUAAGUUGUUUGAUGAGCUGGCUCAGAAACAAAAUGAUUUAACUAGACCAAGGAUUCUAAAAGUGCAAGGCAGAGAGCUGCGGCUGAAUAAAGCCUGUGGAACCGUUGCCGACUGCACAUUUGAAGAGCUAUGUGAGAGACCCCUUGGAGCCAGUGACUAUUUGGAACUAUCAAAGAAUUUUGAUACAAUAUUUUUGCGAAACAUUCCACAAUUUUCGCUGGCAAAAAGGACUCAAGCUCGAAGAUUCAUCACUCUCAUUGAUAACUUUUAUGAUUUCAAGGUGCGCAUAAUUUGUUCUGCAUCGGCUCCUUUAUCAAACUUAUUUUUGCAUCAACAUCAUGACAGUGAGUUGGAGCAAAGCAGAAUACUGAUGGAUGAUUUGGGGCUGAGCCAGGACUCAGCGGGACUUUCCAUGUUUACUGGAGAAGAAGAAAUCUUUGCAUUUCAGCGCACUAUUUCCCGACUCACAGAAAUGCAGACUGAACAGUACUGGAAUGAAGGGGACAGGAGCAAGGCAUAGCCAUCACUUUUGCAUGAAUAAAACUCCAGACAAAUGAUUGCUGCAGGGAGAACUCUUUAUUAUGGGACUUGAAGGAAUCAUUUUCUCAUCAUUAAUUAUGCACUUUGUCCUCUGGACCAUUGUAAUCUAAAAUUGCUGUCAAAGAUGAAUUAGUAAGUUAAAGCCAUUUGUAUAGGUCUACUCUUUUUGCCUAUUUAUUUGGCCUUAUUUCUGCACCAGAAAAUUAAAAUCAGUACUCCUGAAAAUUAAUAUAGGGCCAGACAUUUGGCUUCAUAGUAAGGUACCUGAAUGAAUCUUGAAUACACAAACGCGGUAAAUGCAGGGUAUCUGGACAUCUCCGAGCUCUGGCCACAUGGUAGACACAUGAUAGAAACAUAUUUUUUACAAGAGGAUUAAGAAAAUCCCUACACUUCAAUUCAAAGCAAAGGAAGUGUUCUGAUCUUACAAACUAAAGCAAAUAACAUUUUAGAAUUUGGGCUUAUAUAUGUGCUUUUUGGGGGCUAUAUAUUAUACUAAAUCUCCCAGGCCUUCAGGUUUCCACACAACAGAGAAUAUAUUUUAUAACCCUGAGGUUAAACUUGGCAGGCAGGACCUGAUCUCCAGCAGAUACAGAGUGACCUGAAAAAAUUGAGGAUUAUGACACCAUAGAAUAAGGAGCAAGAAUGUCAAAUUCCAACUGACAAGCAGAUCCCCCAACUCUGACAGCCAGAAAUAGGACAGACACCAGGAAUGGGGACCAGUGAGAGAGUGUCGGGAGUGGGCAGAGUCCUGGACACACCAAGCAGCAGAGUGGACUCCUGCCUACCUGAAGCCACAGGGCCCUAGUGGACAGCGGGUUCCUUCCGCUGCUCCUAAGCAUUUGCUCAGGCUGCAGAAUGCUACCCCCAACCCUUGCCUCUGCUUCUGCAGUGGGAUGGACCUAAUAGUAACCUGGAAAGCACACUUGAUGAAUCUACUUGAAUAAAAUCCAGUUUGUCCUUCA